AUGGCACCAACAUCAACCAACGCCUGGUCCAUCACCGGCAUCGGCAAGGACAGCAGCAACUGGGAUACCCUCGAGCUCAAGAAGGAUGUGCCUCUGCCACAGCUGGGCGACUACGACGUCCUCGUGCAGAUCGAGGCCGUCUCCCUAAACUUCCGCGAUCUGGCCAUCCCAAAGGGCCUCUACCCAUUCCCCGUCAGCUUCCCCCGCGUCCCGGCCUCUGACGGCGCCGGCCGCGUGGUCUCCGUUGGCCCCAAGGUCACGCAGGUCAAGGAGGGCGACAACAUUGCGACCCUCUUCAACCAGCACCACCAAUCCAACCCCAUCACCCCUCUCGCCGUCAAAUCCGGCCUCGGCGGUGCCCUCGACGGCACGCUCCGCCAAUACGCCGUGUUCCCCGAGCACGGCGUCGUGAAGUCCCCCAAGACGCUCUCGUCCGUCGAGGCCGCCACGCUCCCGUGCGCGCCGCUGACGGCGUGGAACGCGUUGUACGGUCUGCAGUCCAAAGCCCUUAAGCCGGGCGACUACGUGCUGACGCAGGGCACCGGCGGCGUGAGCCUUUCGGCGAUCCAGUUCGCCGUCGCAGCGGGUGCGACGGUCAUCGCGACGACGUCGUCGGCGGCCAAGGGCGAGCAGCUCAAGAAGUUGGGAGCGCACCACGUCAUCAACUACAAGGAGACGCCCAACUGGGGCGAGGUGGCCAAGUCGCUGACGCCGGAGAGCGUGGGCGUCGACCACAUCAUCGAGGUCGGCGGUCCGGGAACGGUUGCGCAGUCGCUCAAGGCUGUCAAGUUGGAGGGCGUGAUUUCCAUUAUUGGGUUCUUGUCGCACGGGGACAAGCCCGAGGGGGAGCAGCCGACGCUACUGGACGCGCUGGCCAACAUUUGCACGAUCCGCGGGUUGUUUGUGGGCUCGAAGCAGCAGUUUGAGGAGAUGAACCAGGCGAUUGACGCAAACAAGAUCAAGCCUGUUGUCGAUCAGAAGAUUUUCGGCUUCGAGGAGGUCAAGGAGGCGUACCAGUACCAGUGGGACCAGAAGCACUUUGGCAAGGUUGUCAUCAAGAUUUGA